AUGAUGGACGAUAACGAACACGUGUGCCCUCUCUGUUGCGAAGAACUUGACAUUUCCGAUCAACAAUUUUUUCCGUGCAAAUGUGGCUAUCAAGUAUGCAUGUGGUGUUGGCAUCGCAUUCGCGAAUCAGAAUCUGGGCUGUGUCCAGCUUGUCGAACACCCUAUGGUGAUGAUCCCCAUGAGUUUAGUGCCGUGGAUGUCCAAGAAGUUCUCAAGGCCAACCGAGAAAAGGAGGCGGCGGCCAAGAGAGAACGCGAGCGACAACGACAACAAACACACAGUUCCGAUGGGUCAGGUGGUUUAGGUUCAGGCGCAGGCCACAAUUUCAAUGGAUCGUAUGCCAUUGCAGAAGAUGGCACUCCGCUGACUGGAAUCAUGGAAGUGCCCAAGGAUAGAACCCAACUCGCUAACAUGAGAGUCAUUCGCCGGAAUCUUGUCUACGCUGUAGGAUUACCACCAUCGAUAGCCAAUGAAGACUUCUUGCGGAGACCCGAAUACUUUGGACAGUACGGAAGGAUCGCAAAGAUUGUACUCAACCGCAGCCAAGCUAGCAACGGCGACCCACGACGCGCGAGUUGUUCUGCCUACGUGACAUUUGUGCAUAAGGAGGAUACGCUAGUCUGCAUUUUAGCCUUGGACGGAUUCUAUCUGGAAAAUCGCAAUAUUCGAGCAUCUUACGGUACUUCGAAAUACUGCUCUGCUUUCAUAAAGAAUGUGCGGUGUAACAACCCAGAGUGUACCUACCUGCACGAGAUGGGGGCUGUAGAAGACACAUUCACAAAACAGGAAAUACAAGCAGGAUAUGUGACCAGUGGACGGGAUGUCUUGGCGCGACAGCAGCAGAUCGUCCAGCAAGCUCUCAAUGCAACGUCGCAAGGAAUGGCUGGAACGGCUCCCCGUCGAAAAGUGGGGGGCGGUGGACCAUCGGGGACUGGCAAAGGAGCAUCCAACCCAAUCUUCCCGGCGCCAGAAUUUGAUGAGCCUACAAAACCAGCUCCGUUGGUACCCGCGCCAACUGGUAUGUCUCGGGCUGCGAGCACUGGAACCGGAUUUCCAACUGUUACCGCAGCGGCGCAACAGACAGUGGCAAAGCCAAUCACCCGUUCAGCGUCUACGGGUACAACCAAGGCUGCUGUGAGCGGAGCGGUUCAACCUGCGGCUAGAAAGGGAAUCCUUUCCAGCGGAAGCACUGAUCCCCCCCUCUCGCAAGCCCCGGCAACGGCUGCUUCGGUGGUUGCUGGGGUUCAUUCGGCUUCCGGAGGAAUUGGCAGUGCGCCCACUCCUCGUACAACGCUAACCCCGCUUACGCCUUUGAAACGCACCAACAAUAAAACUACAGCUGCCAAGCCCGCAGCUUCUACCGCCGAUACAAACACUUUGAGCAUGCCAACAAUUUCCAACAGUUAUCCCAAGCCACAAAAGGCGGUUGCACAGCGUAUUGGAUCCUCAAAGAAUCAAAAUGACACUAGCCGCGGCACCAGUACCAUUGUUGGUACCAUGGUCGGAGCUACCGCUACCACCACGGCAACUGCCACAGCCGCCCCUGCCUCUACUGCUCCCGCGCCUGCCCCUGUCGCACCGCCCUCCCCAGCAUUGCCGGCUGUUCGGAACAUGCCCACUUCAGCCAGCCUGACUCCGCUCAAAGACACGGAGGAUCAACAGCACCAACCUUCGAGUCUUUCUUCUCUGGGAGGAGAAGUGAUUGCGGCUCCCGAGAGGUCCAAGGCUUCUGCCUCGGUAGGAGCCAUCGGAAGCCCAUUUAGUGGCGGCCCCCGAACCAGCAGCGCUUCAGUUGGGCCGGGCGCUUUUAAUAGACUUGAUGGAAGGAACGACAUCAUAGGUGGUCGACCUAUGGGAUUGUCCGGUCUGGGAGGGGAGGUUUUCACAGGACCUUUGAGCUCCCCAGGCCCAAAGUCGGCAAUUGGAAGCGGCAAAGACAAAUGGGGAUCCAAUCAUUUCUCUGGCAGUGGUGCAGUUGGCCAGCCCAUCGGCCCUCCUGGCGGUUUGUGGGGUGGUCGCGGCAGCAACUCCAACUUGCAAGGAAUCUCUGGAUCUCCAGUGGGAAACCACAGCAUUGGCGGCGGUGUCAUUGGUUCACACAUGCCGAGUCAUGGAUUAUCCAAUGAGGGCGCGUUUGGAGCUCCUGGUCCGCACAACUCCGGGAGCAAUGCCCUUGCGUCAAUCCUAGGGAUCAAUUUGCCCACUGGCAGUGGAUCGUUGCGUACGCCAAUGCCGGCCAUGCCGUCGCAGGGCAUCAUUGGUCGUUCCAACAGCGGCAGCAGCGGACUGAUUGGCGGUGUCCCAAUCGGAGGUAACCCGAUUGGCAUGGGUGGUCCGGUGGUGAAUCAAGCUGGAACGAUUGGCAACAGCAACAAGAAUGAUAUUGCUUUGCUACAAAGUUUGCUCCCACAAGUCCACAUUACCCGUGGAAAUGGAGCCCCCCAGAACGGCUGGAAUGCCGGUAGGGGACAGCAUCAACAGCCUGUUGGUGUUGGUGCCGUUGGGCGAAACAUGCCGCAUCAGGCACAGCCUCAAGGCGCGGCUGGGAAUCUCAACAUCUGGUAA